UCCACCAAGCGACACCAAUAAUUUUUUAUUAAUAUAUAUAAUAGUGUAUUAUUUUUAUCGAAUACAUUGGUCAAGUUUUUAAUUCUCCCGCAGCGAAGCACAAGCCCCAAACCUGUAUUUAAAAUCAAAUUGCUUGAUGGAACCACGUGUCUUAACUUCAUCAGUCCUUGACUUCAAAUCAAGGCACUGCAAUACAAUUCCUUGAUCUACGUGAUAAAAUCCUAACAGCUAGUCUGCUACCAGACUGUUCUUCACUCUUCAGUAAACUAAUCAUCGUGUUCGUCAGUUUAAUCAAUCACCAUUAACCCAUAAUUAACCUCCUAAACCUCCCCUGUAAAACCCCAACAUCCAUAACAAGCUCCAUUUCCCACCAAAAUCACGUGUAACUAACUCCACCUAUGCCAUAAUGCCAAUCCCUUCCCUCUCCCUCCUCCGCCACCGCACUCCCACCUUCCUCCGCCACAUAACCACCUUCAGCCACCACCAAAACCACCACUCUCUCCUUAUCACCUCAUCCAAACACCAAAACCAGCCCAAUCUCUCCAGAAAACCUCCACCGAACAACAACCUCCUCAAAGCCAAACAAAUCCUAAAUUCCAAAAAAGACUUCUCCACUCUCUCUCCGAUCCUCUCCCCUAACCACACCCCUGCCGAGCUCUCCGAUUCUCAAGCCAUCGGCACCGUCGCCGCCUCCCAAGCGAACUUUAUGCGCGUGAUUGUCACCGCCGGACCUUCUAGAAGUAGAGAGAUAGAAGAUUCUAGUAAAAAUGGAAGUGAAUUGCUAUGCGUGGUUCGGGCGGUGUUGAAGAAGAUAAAACGGAGAGUUUUGGUGGGUGAUAAGGUGGUGGUUGGGUCAAUUGACUGGGUAGAUAGGAGAGGAAUGAUUGAGAAUGUUUUUCAACGGAGUUCGGAGAUUUUAGACCCUCCUGUAGCGAAUGUAGAUCAUUUGUUGGUUCUUUUUUCGCUUGAGCAGCCGCGGUUGGAUUCAUUUGUGUUGACGAGGUUUUUGAUUGAGGCUGAAUCAACUGGGAUUCCGAUAACGCUCGCAUUAAAUAAAGUGGAACUUGUUGAUCAAGAGGUGUUGAGUGAUUGGAACUCUAGGUUGAGAAGUUGGGGUUAUGAGCCACUCUUUUGCAGUGUUGAUUCGAAAAUGGGGCUUGAUACUUUGGCUUCUGUUUUGAGAGAUCAAACGACAGUGAUUUUGGGUCCUAGUGGAGUUGGGAAAUCUAGCUUGAUUAAUGCUUUGAGGAAUAAACCCAAUUCCCAUGAUGAAGCAGAUAAUUGGUUUGAUCCUAUAAUGGGUAGCAAGUGGUUUGAAGACCAGCGUGUUGGGGAAGUUUCGACGAGAAAUGGUAGAGGGAAGCACACUACACGUAAUGUUUCUUUGCUUCCACUCGGUGGAGGAGGUUAUGUCGCUGAUACUCCUGGGUUUAGCCAGCCUAGUUUGUUGAAAGUAACAAAGCAAUCUCUUGCACAGUAUUUUCCUGAGAUAAGGACAGUGCUUAGUGUCAAUGAACCGGCUAAAUGCACAUUCAAAGAUUGCUUGCAUGUUGGCGAACCUGGGUGCAUAGUGAAAGGGGAUUGGGAAAGGUAUCCCUUGUAUUUUCAGCUUCUUGAUGAGAUCAAAAUCAGGGAGGAAUUUCAGUUAAGGACAUUUGGAACCAAAAGGGAGGAUAACGUAAGGUACAAGGCUGGAGACAUGGGUGUCCAGCAAGAAGAACCACGCCUGGAGCCCAAGAAGCAUAGAAGACAGUCUCGAAAAAGGAUUAACCAAUCAAUACUUGAUGAGUUGAAUGAACUUGCCAAUGACGAGGAUUUAUUCGAUGACCCUGUCUUGAGGGCACACAAGAACGGUAACUUUUAGGAAGUUUCAACUGGGGUCCUAGCUACACUGUAAAUAACUGGGGACCUUCCUAUGCUGACUGCAUUUUACUUCACUUUGUAUAUAGGGUUUUCAAGGGUAUAAAAAUAUUAUACUGCUAUAAAAACAAUUUUCUUAGAACAUGCAAUGCAGAUAUAAUAAAGCAGUCGUGUGUGUCUGUGAUUAUUAGAAUUCGAGGAUCGUCUGCCAGUAAUGAUACUGGAUUCAAGAUUUUUAUUGUGUUCUCAUCUUUAUAAAUUGGUGGUAGAUGCUUUAUGCUUUAUGCUUUUUGCACGAAGACUAUUAUUAAAUGGUGUUUUGUGCGAAUCACGGCUGUCACCACCAUGGUCGAGCCUGUCUUAGAAAAGGGCUAUAUAUGAGUAACAAUUUUGAUUUAUUAUAUUUAUUUGAAAUGAUGUUUGAGUUUAUUUUUUUAAUUCCUUAGUUACAAGAUAAUUAGAUUGUGUAUCAAUUUAUAAGUUGAUUAAUUUUAGACCGCUAAAUUUUUCAAAUAAACAUGUAAAACCAAGUUGGAUUUCACAAUCAUUAUGUCAAGAGUUUUAGAUAAUGUUUGAUAUUAUUGUAGUAAUUAUUUUUUAAAAUGUUUUUUAUUUAAAAAAUUUAUUUUUGAUAUCAAAAUAAUUUAAAAAUUUUAAAAAUUAAUUUAAAAAAAUAUUUAUUUUUUUAAAAUAUUUUUUGAAUCGCUUACUAAAUGUCAUCUUAGAGGAAAGGGUUGGUGUCUAGCUGUCCAAAUUAAACAUGCGCCAGAAAACAGCCAGAAGGGUGAGGGGCACAAAUCCCCACUUUUAACAUCCCAUGGUGAUAACUAUUAAUCCUAAUCGUAAAAUAACUAAAGUUGAGAAAAAGGAAUAAUGGGCCAGCAAGUUAAUGCUUCAAGCAUAUGCUUGGAAGAUCCCCUCUCACGUAGUCUACUUUUGUUUGCCUUCAAAAUUCAACCAUCUCUUCUUCAUUCAUUCUCCUUGAAAAAUCCUUCAUGGGCUCCAUUAGAUGUCCACUGCAAGAAAUUCUGAUGAUGGGAAAGAUCAGCAAGAUCAGCAGUGAUGAUGAAGGUGAUGAAGAUUGGAUUCAUCAAGACAUGCAAAAAUGGUAGCACUUUUUUGUAUCAAGUUUGGGCAACUGAGGAUCCUUUGGCAGUGCAUCUAGAAUGAGAUGCUUAUGGCUCAAGCAUACAUGUCACCAGUUAUAUAGGGCUGGUUGUGUAAGAAAAGAAGAGUUUUUCAGUUCCUUUCUUUCCUUUUCUUAAUGUCUGAAUACUGAGCUCUUAUAAUCAAAUGUUAUUGCAGCAGCUCCUACUAGAUAGAGCUUGUUAA